AUGUUGCAGAUCAAUGGAAUGAUAGCUGCAAGUUUCCUGAUGUCAUCCUUGGAUUUACAUGCAGAUGAUCGCGACAAAGAUGUGCUAAGCAUCGGCGUUUUAGAUGGAUUUUUUGAAACGGGUCUACAUAAUCUCAAACCUCAUGUUGAUAUUACCGCUGUCGAACGCGACUUGACUGUCCUGGAAGCUUCUCACAAAUGGUUUGGACUUAAACCCUCGAGAAAUCUGCACCUACUCGCUCAAGAUGGCACGAAAUUUUUGAAAGAUUCUGUGAAAAGAGGUAUUUCUCGUUAA